AUGGAUCCGUUGAGCCGUCGAAGGAGGGCAAGCGGUGCUGGGGAGCCGGAUGAUGGCAUGAGCGAGGAGGAAUACCGAGCAGCCUUGAGUCAAGGGGGUCCUGCAGCAGGGCCCGUCAGAGGGACCGGUGGUGUCUCUUUGAAUGGCAUACUGCCAGGAGAAGCGUCUCCUGGCACUCUGGAGAGUGGUGAAGCCAAGAUGCAAGUUGCUGGUGAGCCGGCGACCACAUCUGCAGUAGAUGAACAUCUGCCUGUGGCGAAUCCCUUCCACUCUGAGAAAGUCCGGACGGAGGUCGAGCUAAUCCGAAACAGGCCGACCUCGCUGGAUGAUGAUGGGCGAAGGCUAAGGGUUGAUCCUGAUGCCCCUACUUUGGGGGAAACCCGACCUGGGGAUGAUGGAGAGCCUAACUAUGCAGCUGCCCUUGGAGGAGGGGAAGGAUCUCGGGAAGCUCCCAGAGUGGCCCGGGUGGAUGUUACUGCGGGUAGUCCGCGGGCGACGGGGAAUCUGGCGGCAACCUUUCCUGGUGGUGCUCCGCAAGAGACUUCUUUGUCUGCGCCCCCUCGGGUGUAUAAAGCAGAGGAGUCAGCUGGGGAUGAGUUGGGUCCUGACCCUUUUGGCCCUGAGGAUGCGAGAGAGUUGAUCCCGGCUUCGGAUUCGGAUCGCUUGGGAAGGCUAGAGAGCCUAUUGGUUCAAGUGGUGGCGGAGAACAAGAGUCUGAAGAGAAGGCUGGAAAUUGAGUCGCGGUCUCAUUCCAGCUGGCAUAGCGGGAUCGCAGCUCCUGAGUGGGGCAGCGGAGCUGUUCCGGAAUCGUUUUCCCCGGCCACGUUUGGGCCCAGAUCUGGUAGUGCUGUACAGGCGUUUCUGGCUAGCGAUUUCCCGGGUCACGAGGGUCGUGGGUUGGGUGGUUGUAAUGUAGGGCCUACGCCGGUUACGGAUAUCGAUGUCUCCUGGCUGAGAAGCGCUCUUGUCAGCGCCUCUGACCCGUCGUUUGCCCUGAUCGACUCCGGAGACUGGGGACGCUACAGGGAUGAGGAGUUUACCAAGUUGGAAAUUGUGUCCGAAGGGGUCACGUACCGACUAACGCAAAUGAAGUCUGAUGAUGCCUUGUGGUUGGCUAGGACCUUUAAGGAUGGGAGCCUCGGUGAUACAGCUGGGAUCCUGGUGGUGUAUGUAGAUGAUCUUGCUUUCUUUGGACCGGCAGAUCUGUGCAGUCAGUUUAUUCUUGCCAUAAAGGCCCGCUGGAAGACUAGCGAUCCGGAGUGGAUUUGCGAGCGACCGGUGACUUUCUGCGGCAUAGAACUAUCGAGAGGGGAAGCAGGCUACCGCAUGACGCAGCGUGCCUACAUACAGGAACUUCUCAACCGCUACGAGAUUACUACCGAGGCCAGUGUACCGAUCAACAAGUGGACGGAACCCGAAGGGGCAGAUUCGCCUACGGUUGAUCAAAUCAGGGAAGCUCAGGCGGUGACCGGAGCGUUGUUGUGGCUGUCGACGCGUACGCGGCCAGACAUUGCUUAUGUUGUGGCACGAUGUGGACAACAAGCGACGAAAUCGCCUUUGCUCUCGAUUGCGAUGGGCCGACAAGCUCUUGAAUACUUGAAGUCGACGAUUGAUAUGGGGAUAGAUGUGCCGUUUCAGUUGGGAGACACCUUUUCGAACCAUGAACUUUUGGCGCUUCCGCGAACUGAUCGAGUACUGGAGUUGUAUACCGACGCUUCUCAUAGCCCUGGUGGGGACCGUUCCAUGCAAUCGAUUUUCAUAGUGUGGCGCAGUGUACCUUUGGCUUGGGAAGUGACAAGGCAAGCUUUCACAACGCUUUCUAGCGCAGAAUCGGAGCUCGUGACUAUGGUGGUGGGCAUCCAGAGAGGAGAGGCCAUCCAACCCCUCAUAGAGGAGGUCGUAGAAGCGGACUCCGUCCUCUUACUUUAUGCCGACAACGAAGCAGCGCUCAGAUCAUUUGAACUGUCGCCAAGCGGUUGGCGCAGCCGACACCUGAGAAUGAGGGCCUCAGCGGCCCGGGAACGCAUCUCUGCCAAUCUUUUAAGAGUAUCUCAUAUGCCGGGAGAGCAGUUGAUCGCGGACCUUGGUCUGGUCCUUUUGGCCAUGCUUCCUCGUGUGAAGGGCCAACCGUUUGAAGACCGGCUGCUCCGGCAGCUGAGGGAUACGGGGCUGUAUGCGGGUGAAUUUCCGGGCCAAGCGGAGGUUACGUUGGCUCUCUCGAUAUGGUUGAGACGAGUGUAUCAGUUGCGUAUGGCGCAGUCGCAGCUGACCUACGAUGCCGCUAAUGCCUAUCUACAAAGUGGUACGGUUCAAUAUCCGUUUGAGCCCGAUGUGGAAAGAGAUCAGCCCGCUGAUGCGUCAGAUUUCGAAGACGACGAAGAAAUCGACGAGAGUUCCGCGGUGGUGGCUCCUACUGGGCCUGUGUACGAAGCGGUAGAGGGCGCUUUGUUGUGCACCUAUGCUGAUGACACGGUUGUCGCGGGAAGUUUGGAUGAGACUUGGGGCCCUCAGCAUGACCAGUGUUCCGCUGUAAGUAUGCACCUAGUCGCAGUUAGCGGUCCGGAUGCCCCAGAUGUGGACCUAGCGUACGCCAUAGGGCACACAUCCUUUAUUCCCUCUGGCGGGCCGGGUAUCCUGUUGAUGCAUAUGGGUGAUGUGUCGGAAGAGUCCUCUUCAGAGUGA